CAUUCUCCUGCUCUAUCUCACGCAAAGAACACGCAAACGGAGAGAGAUGCAGACGCCAAGACAAACAAGAAUUGAGUGAAUUUUCGUGCAUCCAAAAGAAUCUUAACAUCAUACCCAUAAUUCUACUUUUUUCUUUUUACAAGAUUGAAGGUUGUCAAAGGGCCUCCCUCUCUCUUCUUGAAUUUAACGGGAGGGAAUGGCAUGGGAGUUGUUUGAACCAUAAAGGACGGACAAUUUGCUUUGUUAAUUCCAAUUAGCUAAUUCUUUAUAGUAGUGUCUUUGAUAUGGGUUGCAAGGGUGAUGGGGAUUUGGGAAGAAUGGCAAGGAAUAGAUCAAGGAGUGCAUACCACUUUUCUCUUCUCCUUUCUCCUGUCAUUUCUUUUUGGGAAUGUAUUGAGCGUAAAAUGAGAUAUUCCUUCAGACCCGAGUGGGUGUAGGUACUGUUGUCAUAACUAUAAACAUUAUCUUAGUUUCCAAGUUGGGAAUUUAGUAGAUUAAUAGAAAUUAAAUAGCAAAUUUUGCAAGAAAAAGGAAACUUAUAGGUAGACUGAAAAUGUACAUGUCUUAGGGAAAUUUUCUUUGAAAGAAAGAAGAAAGAAAAUCAAGAAAAGAAUUUAAAUACAGGAUACUAUGGAGUGUGCAAAAGUACAGACAGGUAUUAGAAAAGCCAAAAAGAAGCCGGUGAAGGAUGAGCUAGAUCGUAUUAAACAAGCUGAGAAGAAAAAGAGACGCUUGGAGAAAGCCCUGGCCACUUCUGCAGCCAUUCGUUCUGAACUUGAGAAAAAGAAGCUGAAAAAGAUAGAAGAACAGCAGAGGCUUGAUGAAGAAGGUGCUGCAAUAGCUGAGGCUGUUGCACUGCAUGUCCUACUUGGUGAAGAUUCGGGCGAUCCAUGUCAGAUCAUGCUGAAGGAAGAGGGUUUUACCCCGUGGGAUCAUGGCAGCAAUUUUGAUCUCAUUAUGGGGGGGAGGUGGGGACUAGUUCCCGAUCACAAAUUGACACAAUAUUCGCUUGAAGGGAUAGGUUGGUUUUCUGAUUCUCACAGAUGUGGUUACAUGUGUAGUCGCCAAGGGAAUUCUGACUGGAUCGUCUCAUCUGAUCCUUGGAGAAGAGAUUUCCAUAGGCAAUAUUUUGAAGAGGAAGGUUGGGAUGCAGCAGGUUUAUCUCCUGGUCUCCUUGCAGCACAGGCUGUUUCAUCACUUCGAAUUGCUGAUGAUUCACAAAUAGACACGCAUCCAACCGUAUGUUAAAUGCCUAAAAAGUAAAUGGUUUACAUUUAUUGGCCAAUCAAGUUGCCAUGUUAUACCAGUUUUUCUUCGCUAUAUAUGUAUUUCACUUUGUUCGAUGUCAUGCUUGAAUUCUUACGAGACAUCUGUUCACAGUCCGAUCUUUCUACUUCUUACUGGUUGUUUCUUAUUGCUUGAAAUUCCGGCUUUUACAAUUUUGAUGUAUCAAUUCGGUGUUGUUUCAUUUGUAUUCAUUACAUGAAUAUCAGAACGUGAUCAAUGCAACAUAAGUUUGCUUUCCGCUUUCCA